CUGGCAGCUUGUUGGCUCUUUUGUUCCCGCUCACUCAGUCACUCAGUAUGCCGUGAACGAGUUAAAUGUAUCCAAUGGAGUUUUCUCAUUAACUAACUUUACCAACUUUUUACAAUUCUCCAAAAGUUAUUCGAGUCAAAACGAAGUCAAAUAAAUUAAUAAUUGGUGCGUUGGACGUGAAGUGAGUGAUAACCUGUGUAACUUCGCUAACAGAUGUUUAUUUAUAGAUGCCGCUUUUUAUCAACGUAGGUAGGUAGUGGCUAGAUCGUGCGUCCCGCUCGCACACGAAGAAAUUUCCUGUUGUCUCAUUCCAACCAACGUGGAACUUGUUUACAUUUUGUUGAUCAAGAGUACAGAAUGAAUGCCUUGAUUGUUUUAAUAUGUGCAUUUUUCGGUAUUGCGACAUUCACUCCGCUUCGGCCAUCACCAGCUCUAAUCCUGACCCCUUACAUCGAAAGAAAUGAGACAGAAUCGGCCAGAAACGCGUCACGUGUUGACCCAAGCAAGUUCCUCAAUGUCAGCAGUCACUCUGGUUUCUUAACAGUGGAUGUAGUUAAGAACACCAACCUGUUCUUCUGGUACUUCCCUGUGGAGAACAAACCCCUUAAUACAACUCCAUGGAUCAUAUGGCUACAGGGGGGACCAGGGGCCACCAGCCUAGCAGGACUCUUUCUCGAAAUUGGCCCCUUUCAAUACGAUAAAGAGUUAAAAUUGCGUGAAUGGUCGUGGAGCAAAGAGUAUUCUCUGCUGUUCAUUGACAGCCCAGUGGGCGCAGGUUACAGCUUCACGUCAAGCGAUGAUGGGUUCGUGUCUAACAUGGACGAAUGCUCCGGGCAUUUGUACGGAUUUUUGCAACAAUUCUUGGAGUUGUUCCCCGAACACCGUCACGCGCCGCUGUACCUCGCCGGCGAGUCGUACGCUGGACACUUCGUGCCUGCGCUGGCGCACAGAAUACUGCACCCCCCUCCGGAGAUCCAUAGAAGCGCCUUGAGAGACAUAUCCAUCAAUCUGAAGGGUUUGAUGUUGGGAAAUCCGCUGAUAGAUCGGCGAGACGAAACCGACAUAUCGUCGACAUACUACCAGUGGGGUUUGAUCGACCAACAGGGUAAGUUGGUCGUCCAGCCGCUGCAGCACCAAUACGAGAAAGCGAUAGAGAAAAACGACAGCGCUGCAGCGUACAAAUUACGCAAUUCUUUGAUAGACCGCCUGUCGGAACUUACCAACCAAUAUCAAACUUACAAUGUUCUAAAGGAUGAUAUGGAACUCCAACGUUUUAUGGAAUUUAUUAAAAAACCCGAAAUAGCACAAGCUAUCCACGUCGGCGAUAGAGGUUUUACGUUCUCCAACAGCGAGGUACACACGAAACUGAUACCGGACUUCUUGGAAAAAGCCAGCACAAAAGUAGAAGAAUUGCUGGAGCAUUAUAAAAUAUUAAUCUUUUGCGGCCAGUUAGACCUAACGGUGCCUUACAUAGCCAAUGCUGAAGCCAGAAGGAAGAACUGGCGUUGGAGCCAUCGCAAUGAUUUCCUGAAAGCACCUCGUCUUCCGUGGCUGUACAAUGGCAGUUUAGCAGGUUACGUUAAAAGUGGCGGUGGCCUCACAGAGGUGCUUGUGAGGGGUGCAGGCCAUCUAGUGCCCUUAGACAAACCGGCUGAAGUGAAGCAGCUGAUAACUUAUUUCAUCAACGGGCUGGAUCUACCGUCAUCGACCCAAGCCAAAGUAAUUGCACUAGAAAUACCAACGUAUACUGAAAAUAAUGAAGAAAGGAAAGGUGUGACGCCCAUCACAUCUUCUACACAAUCCACGAACGAAAAUGAGAAGGCUAACACACCUUCUUCACAAUCCGCAAAAGAAAAUGUGGUGCCUUCCACAUCUUCUUCACAAGCGAAGAACGGAAUGGUAGCCAGUGCAGUCCUUAACGUUAUCUUGGUAAUCAUCAUCAUACUGGGAAUAGUCUACUGGGUAAGAUGGAAGAGAAGGACCGAAACUUAUUACUAUGAUAUGGUGGACAAUACUUCCCUAAACGACGCAGUGCUUACUAUGAACUGAUGAAGGAAUAUUGUUGUAGAUAGAGCGAUACGGAGAAUCGAUCAGUGUGAAUAAUUAUUGAAAUUAUUUCAACGUUAAAAGAUGUUCCCAAAAAAACACAUUUGUACACACAUUAUAUGUUAUGAGUAUGAUAAGUCAGCUUUGUGUUUGUGUCCACGAUUAACUAUCUAAAAACAGCAUCUUAACUUAGAAUAAUUAUCAUUCCAAGGAUCUUACUAGUGUAAAGUGUAUCAGGGUGAGAAUGUCGGCAUAUUAAGUAUUUGGAGGUCCAAUUCCCAUUAUAACAAUAGAAUUUGAGUGGUGUGGUAAUCAUUCUAAAAAUCAAACUUAAACAAACAAAAUGUAAUUUAUCAGCCAUGAUACUAUUCGAUGGUUGUUAAGGCUGUGAGGUAAACAAUAAUGAGGUGGUAUAACCACUAAAACUAUUUUGUAUUUUGCUGUUUUUAUAACUGAUAAAUAAAAAUUCGAAUCGUU